AUGUCUGCUUCUGCAAAGAGACUGCGCGUUGGUCCACGCACUCAAGUGGCCUGUGUGGCCUGUAAGGCCCGGAAACAGAAGUGCGAUCCCGUCGGGGCAACGUGUCGAAACUGUUUGCGAGCAGGAAGAGAAUGUAUCAUUGAAGAUCCGGCUACCAAACGGCACCAGCCACGGAAUUAUCUCCGAUCGUUGGAAGAGCGUGUGGCCAUGCUAGAAGGGUUACUCAGGGAUGUCCGCCCCGACGUGAUACUGGACCCUCAGCAAACAUCUCAUCAGGAGUCUGCAUCCAGUGAUUCUGGCCUUGAUCUUUUGAGGGACUUGGAGCCAACGUCUAGCCCGCUGCAUGCUGGUACCGAAGCUUCCGAUGAUCUGUCCUCGAAGAUCGGCCUGCUGUGUUUGAAUGCUGCCGGACAGUCGUCACACUACCUGGGAGCGUCGUCUGGUUUUAGUUUCUCCAGGGUCGUCUCUUCUUCUCUACGCCAGAUUCGCAGUCAGGGCCCUGGAUUCACCAUGGGAGGGGCACGGGAUACAAUGCUAUUUGAAGUGCCUUUGCCAGAUCCAGCGCCGCUGCCAAGUCGUCAAUUUGGGAAAGUUUUGUCCAACGCAUACUUUGACAACAUUCAACCUCAGGCAAUCCAGUAUCCAAUCUUCCACCGGCCAACCUUUGAGGCUUGGGAGGAGGAGGUCAUGGACGCUCGGGAUAAUGCAGUCGUUACCAGCUAUGUGGCAAGCUUUUUCGUAAACAUGGUCUAUGCUGUCGGUACACUGAUUCUCCCAUGUCCAAUCUGCAGUCCGCCGGAAUGUUUUUAUGCUGCAGCCCAAGAGCAUAUGGAUGCAGUUAUCCAACUUGGCGGUUUGGAGGGAGUUCAAGCCAUACUGAGCUGUGCUAUGUACAGUCUACGAGGUAGCAUUGGGGUUUCUGUAUGGUUUACUAGGAGUCUCUCUGGCUUGGCCUUGCGUCAAUGCGUUGAGUUGGGGUACCACCGUAACCCGCAACGGUUCAAAGCAAAGCCAAAUCACCUGCAAAUGGAAAUGCAACGGCGAGUAUUCUGGAUGGCAUACAACCUGGAUCGGUGUGCCGCCAUCACACUAGGUCGCCCAUUCGGGAUUGCAGAUAAGGACAUCGAUGUCGAUCUCCCUCUUGAUAUCGACGAUGAGAUGAUCACAGCUACUUGUCUUAUCACCGUCCCCCGAUCUCUCCCUGAGUCUCCCCCAACUGUUAUGUCCGCUGCUAUCCACACCACACAUCUACGCCGCAUCUGGUCUCGCAUCCAGGAUCAAAUCUAUUCUGUCAAUACACCUAUCAACAUGCACCACUACACAGAUGAACUACUUCCCUCCUUUAAGAAGGAACUCGAUGGCUGGCUGGAGUGCGUGCCUUCAACUCGUCCACCCAGCUCCGGGGUGCUUUCAACUUUCAGUACAGCCGAAUGGUUCCAGUUAGCCUAUAACCACUCGAUACUACUUCUGUACCGCCGCGCUCUAGUUAAUGACCGCCAGGGUAAAUCUACUGCCAACUACAUGGAAUGCUGUCAAGCUGCUCGAGAUAUCUGUCUCCUAUACCGCAAGCUGUUUCUCAACAGCCCUGUUAGCUACACCUGGGGCGUACUGCAUAUUCUGUUUCUUGCGGGGCUAACCUAUCUCCACUGCGUCAUCACUAGCCCCGGAGUGAGAGAAGCGGUCCGUCAAGACGAGGUCUCCAGUACCUGUACUGCCUGCACUAUUGUGCUCGUGAUUAUGGCAGAGAGAUGGAAGGCGGCUGCACCAUACCGAGAUACCUUUGAGAUGCUUGCUAACGCGACGAUGUCAAUGCUGGUGCGCGCAUCCACUUCUACUGCUGCAUCAACUCCAAAUCAAUGCGGCUACGGUCCGAUCUUGGUCCCGGGAGACGUGUCUAGCCAACUGGAAGAGAUGGUCGAUAUCGGCAUGUGCUCUGGGACAGAGGAGCUUUUAAAUCAGUUCCUCGGAGUCUAG